AAUUCCAGUUCAAAAAUAGACAUGCUUAUUUCGUAAUUUUAUUUUAAAUUUUUCAGUAUUUAUUUCAGGAUCACCCCCAUUUAGUUCAUUCCGUUGGCGUGAACAUCUAAACGCACACAAAAAAUGUACGCUCGCAGAAUAUCGAACAACUUCAUUCCUCAGCAACAUAACCUACGAAAUGUGAUAGUGGAAAAUUACAGUGAGAAUGGUAUUCAGCACUGCAGUUUAGUGAUAAAAAGACAGUUUUCCGGCAUAAAAAACCUGCGGAACCUGAAGGAUAAGCUGGAGGUGGUUGUGGACAGAGCCAAAGCCUAUAAGCGGCUGCUGUUCUCCAAAACAAGCCCUGAGAAGACUUUGCAGACUUGGGCCCAACAGUUUGAAUUUGUGUUCGCUCAUCGGGUCCGAAGGGGCCAGCAGAUGAUUUGCCUAUACUCGAAAUGGUGGGAGGAGAAGGCUUUGAAGGAGUUCCUCAAACGCCUGAGGAUUAGCAUAAAUAGAAGUGGCAAGGAGUUCGUGCUUGGGGCACUUGGAGUCUCCCUGUAUGACUGGGAACAGAAACGAAUUGCUGACGAAGAGUUUCAAACCCAUCUAGACGAUCUUAAGUACGUCAAUGUCCUGAAAGAAGCCACUAUGUGCCUGUCGUGCUCCAAGGGAGAGCACUCUGCAAUCAACACACGAAUUUGCAAGUGUGGGACUGGAGGUGUCAGCAACAGAACAUACGACGACUGGGUGCCAUUUAUUGAAAAAGAUGAUCUGGUGGUCUGGCGACGUCCACAUGGCGAGGGUUUAUUUGAGUACAAAGUGUAUGGCUCCUACCACGAUGUAUCAGCGGAGGAUUUCCUCAAUACCCAAGUCGAUACUGAUUAUCGAAAGGAAUGGGACACCACUGCUAUUCAGUUGGAAAUUGGCGAAAGAGACCUACAAGCUGACUCAAACAGUGAUAUUUUAUAUUGGGAAAUGCAAUGGCCAAGACUGUUUGUAAAUCGUGACUAUGUAUUCAACCGAAGAUACAAAGUAUUCAACGAUAGUCAGACGAUUGUGAUAAUAAACAAAACUACGGAUUAUCCGCGCUUUCCGAAAUACCCAGACAAAUACAGAGUGGAAGAGUAUUGGUCGUGCAUGGUCAUCAAGCCCUAUGAAAAGAUCAAUCAGCCUGGAAUAGAAUUUAGUUUAACGUAUUUUGAUAAUCCCGGCGUAAACAUUCCCUCCUCAGUAACAACCUGGGUGGCAAAAAGUGCUAUGCCUGAUUAUCUGGCUAAAUUGAGACAUGCAAGCAAAAACUACCUGCAGUAUUGUAUAGAUAAAGGCACGGGCAAGGCCUGUGAACUGUACCAGAACGCCGAAAGAGAGCGCAGAGAGGCAGAGGAGAAAAAUAAACUGGAAUACUGCUCAAAUAACCGGCUAAAGGUCGCACUGAAGGAUAUUUUAGAGGAUUUUCAGAUCAAAGCAAAUGUUCGCUUGUUCAGGAAGUCGGAGCUAGUUAGUGCAGUUUAUUUAGAUCAGUUAGUGGAAACACCUCCAAAAACUGAAGACAAUCAGCCGCCACAAUCUACGAGCAACAAUCCGAAACCACCGAACAGCUUUUGGAGGUAUUUGCAUCCUCUCUAUUACUUUACGUGAUUUUAAUGGGUUUUCUACAUAAAGUAAGGUGGCCAAAACCGAUAGUCAUUUAGGAUAAGGCUUUAAAAUCUAUUAAUUGAAAUACAUUAUAUUUAAUAUACCAUUUUGUUAUCGAUUGUUGUUGACUGAUUGGAUCUAGUCUGACUAAAUUAUUUUUGAACAAUCAAUGUAGUAUGGUGUAGAGUUGCUGACUGUUUCUAAAAUUGUACAAUUGUUUUGUAAAAUUUUUAACUUGCGUUCAUAAUAAAUCAUAUCAAAACAUCAAA